UUGCAAGGCAUGCAAUCUCUGUCACAUACCAACUAGCAUAGCAACCACGUAGAUCUACUGCGAUUAGAAGUUUGUAUUUACCUACACAGACCGCGGAUAUAUAUAUUAUUUAAUGUUAGUUGGUACAUUGUAUCUGCGCGGUUGUCUGUAGGAAUAUAGAUCUACCACAUCGGAGAAACCAGGAUGGAGUGGCAGCCGGAUGAACAAGGUCUGCAGCAAGUGCUUCAGUUACUCAAGGAUUCCCAGUCCCCAGACACAGCAACACAGAGAGCUGUGCAAGAAAAACUGGAACAGCUUAACCAGUUUCCAGAUUUCAACAACUAUCUCAUCUUUGUUCUCACAAGCCUAAAAUCUGAAGAUGAGCCCACUCGCUCUCUGAGCGGUCUGAUUCUGAAGAACAAUGUGAAAGCUCACUACCAGAACUUCCCUCCCAAUGUGGCAGACUUCAUCAAACGAGAAUGCCUCAACAACAUCGGAGACCCUUCACCGCUUAUCAGAGCUACAAUCGGCAUUCUGAUCACGACCAUCGCCUCCAAAGGAGAGCUGCAGACCUGGCCAGAGCUGCUGCCUCAGCUCUGUAACUUGCUCAACUCGGAGGACUAUAACACCUGCGAGGGUUCUUUUGGAGCACUGCAAAAGAUCUGUGAGGAUUCAUCAGAGUUGUUGGAUAGCGAUGCUUUGAAUAGACCUCUUAACAUCAUGAUCCCCAAAUUCCUCCAGUUUUUCAAACAUUGCAGCCCCAAGAUCAGGUCCCAUGCUAUAGCUUGUGUGAACCAGUUUAUCAUUGGCCGAGCUCAGGCUCUGAUGGAUAACAUCGACACCUUUAUUGAAAGUCUGUUUGCUCUGGCCGGGGACGAGGACAGUGAAGUGAGGAAGAAUGUGUGCAGGGCUCUGGUCAUGCUCCUAGAAGUCCGAAUUGACCGUCUCAUCCCACACAUGCACAGCAUCAUCCAGUAUAUGCUCCAGCGGACGCAGGACCCAGAUGAGAACGUGGCCCUGGAGGCCUGUGAGUUCUGGCUGACACUGGCUGAACAGCCCAUCUGUAAAGAGGCCCUUUCUGGCCACUUGGUCCAACUGAUACCUAUACUGGUGAAUGGGAUGAAGUAUUCUGAGAUAGAUAUCAUUCUACUAAAGGGUGAUGUUGAAGAGGACGAGACGAUUCCAGACAGCGAGCAGGACAUCAAGCCUCGCUUCCACAAGUCCCGCACUGUCACCCUGCAGCAUGAAGGAGGGGAGGGCGAGGAAGGGGAGGACAUCGAUGAAGAUGAGGACGAUGAUGAUGACACGCUGUCUGAUUGGAACCUACGGAAGUGCUCUGCUGCCGCUCUGGAUGUUCUUGCCAACGUGUUUCGUGAGGAGUUGCUGCCUCAUCUCCUCCCCUUGCUCAAAGGCCUGCUUUUCCAUCCUGAUUGGGUCAUCAAGGAGUCCGGCAUCCUGGUGCUUGGGGCUAUUGCUGAAGGAUGUAUGCAGGGUAUGGUACCUUACUUGCCUGAGCUUAUCCCUCACCUCAUCCAGUGUUUAUGUGACAAGAAGGCCUUGGUGCGCUCCAUUGCCUGCUGGACCCUCAGUCGCUAUGCCCACUGGGUGGUCAGCCAGCCCCCUGAUGCUCACCUCAAACCCCUCAUGACGGAGCUGCUCAAACGGAUCCUGGAUGGCAACAAGAGAGUACAAGAGGCUGCAUGCAGUGCAUUUGCCACUCUGGAAGAAGAAGCAUGCACAGAGCUGGUACCAUACCUGAGCUUUAUCCUGGACACCCUGGUUUUUGCUUUUGGGAAGUACCAGCACAAAAACCUCCUCAUCCUCUAUGAUGCCAUAGGAACACUGGCAGACUCUGUGGGACACCAUCUCAACCAGCCUGAGUACAUACAAAAGCUGAUGCCUCCACUGAUAGCCAAGUGGAAUGAGUUGAAGGAUGAGGACAAAGAUCUCUUCCCUCUGCUCGAGUGUCUGUCAUCUGUUGCCACAGCGCUGCAGAGCGGCUUCCUUCCCUAUUGUGAGCCCGUCUAUCAGCGCUGUGUUACCCUGGUCCAGAAGACCCUUGCUCAGGCCAUGAUGUACAGUCAGCAGCCAGAUCAGUAUGAAGCACCCGACAAAGACUUCAUGAUUGUGGCCUUGGAUCUUUUAAGUGGCUUGGCAGAGGGACUUGGAGGCCAUGUGGACACACUCGUGGCUCGCAGUAAUAUCAUGACCCUGCUUUUCCAAUGCAUGCAGGAUACGAUGCCCGAAGUAAGACAGAGUUCAUUUGCUCUGCUGGGUGACUUGACCAAGGCUUGCUUUCCUCAUGUCAAACCCUGUAUCGCUGAAUUCAUGCCAAUCCUCGGAACAAAUCUGAACCCAGAGUUCAUCUCCGUCUGCAACAACGCUACCUGGGCCAUAGGAGAGAUCUGCAUGCAGAUGGGAGUGGAGAUGCAGCCAUACAUUGCUAUGGUUCUGAACCAGCUGGUGGAGAUUAUUAAUCGACCCAAUACUCCCAAGACCCUGUUGGAGAACACCGCAAUCACCAUUGGCCGGCUGGGCUAUGUGUGUCCUCAGGAGGUCGCGCCCAUGUUGCCGCAGUUCAUCCGACCCUGGUGUACGUCUCUCCGAAACAUCCGAGACAACGAGGAGAAAGACUCCGCCUUCCGUGGGAUUUGCAUUAUGAUUGGCGUGAACCCUGGAGGUGUGGUGCAGGACUUCAUCUUCUUCUGUGACGCUGUGGCCUCCUGGGUUAAUCCUAAAGAUGACCUGAGAGACAUGUUCUACAAGAUCUUGCAUGGUUUUAAGGAGCAGGUUGGGGAGGAGAACUGGCAACAGUUUUCAGAGCAGUUCCCACCACUGCUGAAGGAGAGACUGGCAGCCUGCUAUGGGGUUUAGAUUCUCUACACCCACCUAAGAGGUGAGCCAGCAGGAGGAGGGUGAAUGGGAAACUCAUCCAUCUGUGUAUUGCACUGCCCUGAUCUGGGGGGAGGGAGAGGGAUGCUAUUGGCCGCUCCCCCUGAUGGACGGCCCCCACGCCCUAUGUGUUUGUCCAUAGAGGGAGGGUA